CAUUCUAUUUUGUAUUGGAUUCUGUAAAGUCAUUUUGAGAUCGUUACCACAACUGGCAUUUAUCUUUAACACACCCCAAAAGGGUUUGCAAUUUCUUUAUCCAUGACAAAAGAGGCAAAAUAUCGAUUCAGAUCACAUUUUUGUGGCAGGCUGAAAUCAGCGCCUUUUUUAUGCCGACACUUUUAGUUUUACAGAGUUCAUGCAGCUCAUACACCCUGCCCCUACUGCCCUAGGCCUUAGCAUGCUUGCUAAUAAGUAAUGUCACUUAGAAAGAUCUAGACUACUCUUGCUUAGGCCCUAAGUUUCUUAGUUUCAAUUCAUGAAUUUUAUCAUUUAGUUACGCAUUGAUCACGUUGCACGCCGAACGCCGGUGAAGACACUGAACUUGAACUUGAAGUCCACAGCACUCUUCGAAGCAAAGGAAAAGUCAUCAAUUAAUCAUAUGUCAGUUGCCUCUUUUUUUCUCAAGACUCAAGUCAUUCUUUCAAGAAUCAAGUAGUAAAAAUUAUAACAUUAGACCUCCACCUGAUUUCCAAAUCUUAUCUGCCGCCAGUGACCAGUCAGUGUUACGCCGACCGUACUCCUGUUUAGCUUCACUUGGCCACCCCGAUGAUGAAGCUGAUGAAUUAGCUCAUGUGCUAUUUGAAUGGAAGAUUCAAGGAAACGUGAUUUAGCUUAUUUACUUGCGCUAAGAAAUAAAUUGAAUACGCCGGUGAUAGAAGCGGAUUUAGCAUACCGGUACACGUGAUCGCGGGCAAGCAGAGAUUACGCAAUACGGAGAACAAGUUUCAACUUUCCAGCUAUGCCUAUGCACGUUUGCUGAAAUCGUAACCAAAUUUGUGAUAAUUUUCAUUAAGAAUGGCAGGUAGUGACAGCGGGUUAGUCUUGAAUCUCGUAUCGAGUGUUGAAACAAAAAAACAGAUCCAGAAGCCAGCAAUUCCUCAGGAAACUCUUUGGAAAAAGAAGAAGACCCCAUUCAAAACUAGUCAGAGGAGAGAAGAAAACAUCUCAAUUCAAAGAGCACAUGAAACCGAAGCUACAAAGAAUGCAAACUCUGGAUCUGGAUUCAGUUUUAACUUUUCACAAGCCAGUGGGGAAAACCGGACAAAAUCACAGGGCAAAGGUGCGAGACAAAGAGAUGGAGAAAGUAAAGAGAAACAUUCUGGUCAACCCUCGAACAACAUCAUUUCUUCUCUCUUUCGACAUAACCCAGAAAUACCUCAGGUUUAUGUCCAUGAUGUCACCCAAAAUAAGGAGGCCAUCUUUUCAUCAACACAGUUCAGUGAACUACCACUGCAUUCCUUCAUGAUAUCUAACAUCGAAAAGAAUCUUGGGUUUAGUCAGAUGACGACUGUUCAACAGAGAGCCAUUCCUACUCUACUCCAGGAAAAAGACACUCUUAUCAAAUCACAAACAGGAACAGGAAAAACUUUGGCGUACGCUGUUCCAGUUGUGCAGCAACUUCAAGGUUUACAACCCAAAGUUCAAAGGUUACAUGGACCUUAUGCUCUUAUCCUGGUCCCUACAAGAGAGCUGGCGUGUCAGAGCUUUGAGACUCUUGUGAAGCUUGUGAAGCCAUUUCAAUGGAUAGUACCGGGUGUACUGAUGGGAGGAGAAAAGAAGAAGUCAGAGAAAGGAAGAAUAAGGAAAGGAAUCAACAUUCUGGUGUCUACCCCUGGUCGAUUGGUAGAUCAUAUUAAUACUACCAAAGCUCUUACAUUCACAAGAGUGAGGUGGGUUGUCUUGGAUGAGGCCGAUAGGUUAUUAGAUCUUGGUUUUGAGAGGGAUGUAUCUACUAUCUUGAAUGCUAUCAAUGAGCAGUGCAAGAACCAGAAACAAACUGUCUUGGUGUCAGCUACACUUUCAGAAGGUGUGAAACGACUUGCCAACAUCACCUUGAAGGAUCCCGUCUUCAUCGACGUCGCCAAAGACCAGUCAGGCACAACAAAUACAGCUUCAUCUUCAAGAGAAGGGACGAAAAGUACGGUUAAGAUGAAGGCCGAAGAUGGCUCAGAAGGAGAGAAGGACGAUGCAGAGAAGUUUACCGUUCCAGAACGCCUGAAGCAGCAGUUUGUCAUUGUACCAAGCAAGUUACGACUGGUUGCACUCACAGCUCUGGUAGCAGGCAGAUUCAAGAAUCCCUCCGGAUGUAAGAUGCUGGUCUUCCUCUCAAGUUGUGAAUCAGUCGACUUUCAUUACACCCUCUUCCAGAGUUGCAAGGGAUGUUCCAUUCUCAGAGAGGAUGGGGCAGCAUCAAAGAAAGAGGGGAUGCCAUUAUUCAAACUCCAUGGCAAUAUGUCUCAAGAGGAAAGAAUUAAGAUGUACCAUGCAUUCAGUGAAGCAAGGAAAGGUGUCCUCCUAUGUACAGAUGUUGCCGCCAGGGGAUUAGAUUUACCGAAGGUCAAAUGGAUUGUACAGUAUAACAUACCGGGGUCAGCGGCUGAUUAUGUCCAUCGUGUCGGAAGGACGGCUAGGAUCGGCAAAGAAGGACAAGCCUUUCUAUUUCUAGCUCCAUCGGAAGUAGAUUAUAUCAGGAUACUAGAAGAACAACAUAUCAGAAUCAACGAACUGCCUCUGGAUGAUAUCCUAUCCAGCCUGAUGACCUCUGAAGCUCAGGACUUCAUCCACGGUCAGUUCAAGGGUCAGAUGCAACGCUCCGUUGAGGAAGCAGCGACCAACCUGCAACUCAGAUAUGAGAAUCAUGUCCUGAGUAGUACAGCCCACACCCAGCAAGCGAGGAAAGCAUUCCACUCUUUCAUCCGAGCGUACGCUACGUAUCCAUCAUCCCUCAAACACAUCCUUCAUAUCAAGAAACUUCAUCUAGGUCAUGCUGCCAAGAGCUUUGGACUACGUGAAGCGCCCUCUAACAUCAAUGAGAGGAUAGGCAACAGCAAUUCAAGGGGUACCAAGAGAAAACAGUAAGUGUACAUUGCUUUAUUUCGUUGUCAGAGCUACCAAGUAGCACUGAUUUUUCGGUAUCAAGUACUGAAAAAUGAGAAUAUUGAUGGUUAUAUGCAAAAUACUGAUUUCUAAAGUUUCAAUUUUAUGUGAUAUGCUAUGGUAUUUCUUUAAAAUACUAACUACAAACUUCUUUUUGCCAUUAAAAAUACUAAAACGUUCUUGUUCUGUUCGGCAGCUCUACAUUGUUUUUCUGGGGCUUUCACAAAGCUGUGAAACUAGAAUUUUAUUGAUUUUGUUUUCUGUUUGAAAUUAAUAUUGGUGUAUGUACAUUUUUUUUAAUUUUCAUCAUCUCUUUUUUCUUGUGUACUACUGAAAUUUGAAAUUUCUGAUUGAUACUGAUGAUAUUAAGGCCUAUAAAAAUUUUUGUUUGCCUUAACAGAGGUGGGAAAACACCCAGAUCGGUCUGUUGUGUUUUACCCUUCCUAAGUAAUGGAUGAUUCACC